UGUGAUGAGUGUACUGGUGCACCAUGGCUGCCGUUACAUCAUGCAGGAUUGGGCUGCACGUUGGUGGCGGUGGAGGGGAGUCCCCAUUACCCGUAGAGCGCUUUGUGUGGCGUGUCCAGAAAAGCGCUGUGUAUGUGGAGGGGCUGUCUGUUGAUUAUGAUGAGUGGUCCAUGUGCGAGGGUGCUCUCUUGCAGAUGGAGCUGCAGGCCGUGGGCCCCUCCAUCCCCUCCUUCAUUCACGACGAGGAGGGCAACGUCAUAGACAGCCGGGGCGCCAGCGGGGAGCCCGUCCAGUUCGUCUUCGAGGAGAUCCACUGGCACUCGCAGAUCAGCAGAGAGGAGGCCGCCCGCCGUCUGGAGGUCACCCUCUACCCCUUCAAGAAGGUGUCUUACCUCCCCUUCCUUGAGGCCUUUGACAGGGCCAAAGCUGAGAACAAGCUGGUGCACUCCAUCCUGCUGUGGGGGGCUUUGGACGACCAGUCAUGCUGAGGUUCGGGGCGAACUCUCCGGGAGACCGUCCUGGAAAGUUCGCCCGUCUUGGCUGUGCUGAACCAGAGCUUCAUCAGCAGCUGGUCCCUGGUCAAAGAGCUGGAGGAGCUGAGGGAUGACUCUCAGAACCCCAGCCUGGCCCAGCUGGCUGCUCUGCACCUGGAGAAGUACAACUUUCCCGUAGAGAUGAUGAUCUGUCUGCCCAAUGGCACAGUGGUCCACCAUAUCAACGCCAACUACUUCCUGGACAUGACCGCCUUGAAGCCAGAGGAAACGGACGGCACCACGUUCGGCUUCGCGGGGGGGUUCGAAGACCCCUCAACUUCCACUUACAUCCGCUUCCUCAAGGAGGGGAUGGAGAAGGCCA